AGCUCCGUACAUCGUACUGCAGCGUUAAACCAGUUAAACCGCACGCAAAAGGCAUUUGAAGAUGAGAAAAAACAUUUGGAUGUGCGCGGCAGCUGAGUGAUUGUGUUAGUCGCGAUUAAUUCGCAGUCGACCUAGCCGAAAUGUUCGGAUCGAGCCCAUGUGCGCGCGUGUGUUCCGCGUUAGUCAGGAGGUUUACUUUCGAGCUCAACUUGGCAGCACCGCACUCCUCAGCUCGACGAUUUUGCAUAGCGACCGAGGCGGCGCAUAAAACUCGGCGCUCUCCGACGGACGAUCUUGACUGCCAAAGCUCGGCACCGCCAAAGUCGGGUGCGGCAAUGCGAAGACGUCCUGCUGCAAGCGGCGCGGCAACUCGAACGCAGAGAACUCGACACGUGAGCCGGGAGUUUCCGAUCUUCGAGGGCCACGACCCGGAUACGUUCGGUACGCUGUCGGAUGAUCAUCGGCUCGGAGCCGAACUUCUUCCGGACGACGAGGACGAUGUCGGGGAGGCAACAAAACUCAAACGCAUGUCGGACAAGAAGUACGAGAACGACAUCAAACAGUUGGUGCUUGACAGAAAGAUCAAAGAGGCACUCAACUUGUUUUUUGAGAUCCAGAAGGCGUAUGACGUUAAACCAACCCAUGUCAUGUUCACACUGCUGAUUGGUGGCUGUGGCCGAGUUGGCUACACCAAGAUGGCAUUCAAGCUGUACAGAAGGAUGCGUGAUCGUGGCCUAGAGCCAACACCAGCUACGCUGACGGGACUGUUUAACUCAUGUGCAGAGAGUCCAUUCUCUGAAAUUGGCCUAGAUAAAGCACACAAGCUUUACGAGCAGAUUAAGUUGAAGAACUGGGUUCCCAGCAACCUCACCUACCAUGCCAUGAUCAAAGCAUUCGGCAAGUGUGGAGAUCUUGACAUGGCUUUUAGGGUCAUGGACGAGAUGGCCAGUGCAAAGCAUGCCAUCACCAACGAGACCUUUGCUUUUCUUCUGAUGGCUUGCAUCGCCAACAAGGAAGCUGGCUUUUCCUUGGGGCUUAAGGUGAUGCGAACCAUGCUGUGGAAGAAGAUCCGUCCCUCGAUGUACUGCUACAACCUUUUCUUGCGCACAGUUCGUGAGUGUGGCGUUGGACCGCCGGAGAUGUUCCAGGAGCUCCUCGAAUCUGUCCAGUCCGGCAAGAACAAGCGUAUCGCUGGGAAGAAGCAGAGUGAUGCCGUGGCCGGCAAUUUGCUUCGCAUAGAGGCACGCUUGCAUCCCACUGAGGCUGCUAGACUGACUCAAACUGAAGGCGAUGGCUCAAAACCUGAGGCGGCCUGGGAAGCCGAGGAGUUGGUAUUUGGCAAACCUGAAGAAACCACAACCUCCACAAGCCUGGCCACCUUGCCGAAUCUUCUCUCGCCGAGCUUCAAACACACGGGAGAAAUUGUGGGACUCGGAGAGGUCACCGAACCCUACCACAGGCUCCUCAUGGUUGGUGGAUUGAAGGGCAUGAUGGACCACUUCCGGGAUAUGUCGGUGCGUCCGGACGCCAAGACCUUCACGAUGCUUCUGGACUGCAUUCCCAAUAACUUUGAUGCCGAGGUGGAGCUGAUUGCGGAAGCUGACAAGAUUGGGGCCGAGCUCGAUGUGGAUUUCUUCAAUAUGCUCAUCAAGCGCAGGGCUUUCCGCCGGGAAAAGGAAACCGCCAAGGACGUCCUGUCGAUGAUAACGGCGCGCGGUCUCCACCCUGAUGUGAUCACUUUUGGCGUUCUUGCAUUGACUGUGCACAACAAGAAGGAGGGAAGCGAGUUUCUCAAGAUAAUGCAGGAAGCUGGCCUGACUGUGAACGAGGAGACCUGGGGCACGCUGGUGUGCAAUGCCUGUUUCAAGGGCAACUUCUGGUUCCUGUUAGACCUGAUGGGCUAUGCCAGGCGGGAGGACAUCCUGAUCAGUGCUGCCGCUCUCCGGGCCAUCGACAAGGCCACCAACAGGACGAGAAGGGCACUGCUCAGAAAGGAGAGGGGAGAAGAGGUAAGCUUCUUGACUUCGGCCAUGGAGAGUGGUUUCCGGCAGUUCUGUCUGGUCUACGAAGACUGGCUCAAGGAGGUGCGAGUGGACAGGCCUCGACAUCCGUGGGAACAGUACGAGCCGGAAAACCUGAAGAAGUCGGCUGCUGAGCUCAAAGCUGCUGCAGUUGCCCUCGCAGCGGAGCAGACAUGACGUCUCUCAUGCAACGUUUACGGUCCCAGCACACGAUAGGCACGAUAUCGUAAAGCUAUUUUGUUCUGUUUUUAUUUCGUAUCCGCCAUUAGGGCCUCGCAGUUGUUCAAUUUUCUGGCCCAUGCCUAUUGUGCUUUUUGUCGCAGUAUAAAAUUAAACAUUGUAAAGAUGCCCCAUUGCAAUAAAGGGGCCCUGCAGUGUUUUUUCAAGUGCUUUCCAUACCACUGGAGCAUGUAGUAUUGAACACCGUGACGAACGCAAAAAGAAUUCUGUAAAUUUUUGCACCAGAAAAGAGGAAUGUAGCAAACUGGGCUGGUUAAAACAUACCCUCGACAAUGUCUUUCUUGUGCUUUAUAUCUCGUUUGCUUUGACCGUCAUGAGGAGUUGUUAAUUUUCAAAGGUAAAACCGGAGUAGACAACGCAUCCUCAAAGUUAAAACUGGUGUUGACGAUGCGAAAAAAAUUUUGUUUUUGCCUUUCACACUCUCAGCAACAUGACUGGCUGCUUCCAGUGACUGCGUGUUUUUCAUAGAGAUGUACCACAAGUUCCACCUAAUGGUGGCCAUUGUCUAAUGCCCCUGGUACAGUGUUGUCAUUCACUUCAAAAAUUGAGAAUUUAAAAAUGGAAAUCCUUAUGUAUCUGGAGAAGUGUAAAGCAUGUUCUUGUAUUUUUUAGCCUUUUUUUUCUUGUUUUGUGGAACUGGGGUAUUCAACGGUCGUGCAGAUUCACCAUUUCUGAGUUUAUUUGGCAUGGUCCAAGACCUCUGUGCGCUGAUAAUUUCGACACGCAAGGUUAUUGCAGUUUUUGGUCAUCACAUUAACAAACGAAUUGGGCCGGUUUUGUUUAUCAGUUUCACCAGUGGAAGAGGGCAAAUGGCGUAUUUGAAAUAAAAACAAAAUAGGACUGCAAUUACAGCAAUUCGCAAAUUGAAAUAUAAAUUCAGAGCCAAGGUAAUGCUGGCACUUUCUUUCCAGCAUCUAGAUUUUGCGUCAUAUCAGCGCGAUUUCGACUCUCCACACGUACAUCAAAACCAACGGUGACUUUAGCUGCCAGGUUCCUAGAAACAUUGCUUGCUAAGGUUAAAGACUUAGGCGUGUUGGUAUAGCAUAACUACUAGUUUGUAUGUAUAGUGCAGUUAAUAGACGGGACACACACAACGGAGCAUUAACAAACCAAUCUGUGUCAGUGCGAUCUUUGGAAUGCUAUUUCACACCGAGUGCUCUUUGAUGCUUUUUAUUUGAGUUAUCCUUCAAGGAGCUUUCAUGAUGUGUCGCCAUACAUGCGCGGUAGAGUACAUAUACACAAUUAGAUGGUCGUUUUUCUACAAUAAACAGUUGUCAGUAGCA